AUGGCUCCAUUUUUAUCCGCGGGAUAUCCAGUAACGCCGAGCAAGCGCGAUGACUCGGUCGAGAGAAUCAUCCGACAACUCAACAACGACUACGGACUCGACAUUGAGGUUCCCGACAGUUCCCUAACCCCAUCUCGCCGAAAACAGCUCAGUGCCGAGGAUGAACAGUAUGCGCAGUGGGACCGCAUCUGCCGCUGCAUUCGCUUCCUCUAUUACCAGCGAGACGACACGCUGGAUCGGGCCAUUGAAGCCUUUGCUAACGAGGCCAAGGCGGCGAGUCUGAAAUGGGUGCCCAAACCCCGUGCCGAUCCCGGCACUCUUCCUUCGCCGAGAAACGUCCCCAAACCUCGGACCCCAGGCCAGCAGUGGGCUCUUCAAACACUUCUCGUCCAUGUUCUUGAAGAGUACAUGGCACUUAAGAAGCCGGCGCUGCUAAUCCCGAGACCAAAUCUUGGCGUAGCCGGUCCCCCGAUGUCUCCCGCUGGUGACAGUGACCUAAGCCCAAUCCUGGCUUCUCCGGAAUCCGCUGGCUCAAAGAGAUCGUUUGAUAGUGACGACGAUCAAUUGUUUAAGCGGAGGAAGGGCCGGCGGUCUUCAAUCUCGCCUUCACCUUCGGUCUCUACCACGUCUUUUGUCAGCGCGUUCGACAACAUUCCAUCUCGACAACGACCUGGUGUGGGUCACCCGUUAACAAAGGAAUCUUCUCCCGAGCGUCCGUGGAAUGGUUCAGGGUCUACAGCACGCUCGUUUGCCAGCACCCGCAUCUCUAGCCUCUUUAGUCAGCGCGACGGGCCUGAGCAAACACAGACAACUCUUGAGGCCAGCUCUCAGGAGAGAGAGCGGACGUCGGCCUUCACCUUUCAAGGAGAUCCAGCUGUUCCUCCAUCACUUACCACCGUUGAGCGUCCACAAGCGCCCCAAGACAUUGCCCCAGAUCUCUACUCGCCGUCUCCUUCGGUUAGUGCGGCGACCUCAUAUUUCUCAGAUCAGUUGGAGGAUUUCGUCAACGCCAUCGAAACGUUAGAUCCCUCAGCACCAAACUCACAGACAGAAUUGCGACAACGACCUGGUGACGGCGGGAAUGCUGGUUUGCAAGCAAGGUUGGAAAACAUAUGGCCGAAAUUCCCCCGCUGGCUCCACGAUGCACCGCUCGCAAUUGCUUGGGAAGUUACACGUAUUUGCCUCCAUUGCCGUGUCGAUAUCGAUGACGAGACAUUAUCUUACGACCCUGCUUGGACCACCUCUGACAUUGCUGCCAUCUGGCGAGGUCUCGGUCGCCUUGAUAUCUUCCGAGGAAAGUCGUUCCCGGAACGACCCGCCGCUGAGGUAUUUUCGGCAGCUCUCACGAGUUUCAAGAGCGGGCAAAACAUUGUUGUCAUGUCGGCUGCAUUGGAAUUCAACCCGGAAAAGACAGGCCCCCUGUUCUUGGUGGAUAUGAAGCCCCUCAGGUUCGAUGAGGGCUGUCGGUUAACAAGGCGCUUUGGACCGGAUCGCUUCUUCGAAAUUUUGGUACCUUCUCCUACUGCAAUGAACGCUCCGCCCAUUGUCAGGGAGCACGGAAACGCACAGCAGGUCAUAAGAUGGCUGACGGAGCGGCCGCACUCCCUGGUCGGACGGGAAUGGCGUGCAUUUUACGCAAAAGAUGUGGGAUACAGAAAGCCUGCUAAGGAGUUGAGACUGGGCCCCGAAGCUAAAGCCACGUUCAAAGAGCGGGUGCACUUUUUUGCCGAGAAUGGGCACAACUUCCGUCCUCUGCCUACUAAAAAGAAACUCCAGCCCGUGCCAGCAGAUGAUGAUUUGCAUCAACGGACAGAGUUCACGGUCAGCCAGAUGUUGGAUUGGCUACUGCAGCUGAAGGACAAUGAAGACCAACCGCACCUGAAGCUCUUCUCACGUAUCCAGCUAGGUCUGAGCAAAACCUUGCCAGCUGUGACGCUUGAGCCGGGACAGAUCCGCCACCGUCCCGUGGACAUCCUAUCGCCAACCGGGAAAGUCAUGAACGACGGUAUUGGUCUCAUGUCCCGCAGCUUGGCCAGAAAGGUUAGGAACGAACUCGGAUUGAGUGACAUUCCGUCCGCCAUUCAGGGGCGCAUGGGCUCAGCAAAGGGAAUGUGGCUGAUAGAUGUCACCGACUCGGGUGACGAUGACUGGAUCGAAACCUAUCCGUCACAGCGUAAGUGGAAAUGCGAUUUCGCGGAUCCCUGCCAGCGGACUCUUGAAGUCCGCAGCGUGCCGUCCGAGGUGAAAUCCGCUGGUCUCAACUUGCAGUUCCUUCCGGUGCUAGAAGCCCAGGCCGAGGAUCCACAGCUCAUGAGACAAGCCAUAGGAGCCCGCCUCCAAAGAGAUCUGGAGAAGCAAUUUGAGUCUCAAAAGGCAGCAUUCAGACUCCCACUGCUCUUUAGGCAGUGGGUAACCGAGAACUCAAACAGCAGGUCUGACCGUGUCAGGCAUGGCCAUGUCCCGUUCCUCGGUGGUCUGCCCGAAAACAAGGGCGAAAUUUUCCACUUCCUACUGAACAGCGGCUUUGAUCCCAAGAAGCAGAAGUAUGUUCAAGAUCUCGCUUGGGAGUUGCAGAUGCAGCGGUGCGACCUGCUCAAAACCAAGCUGAACAUCAAGGUUGAGCGUUCUGCUUACCUGUACAUGGUUGUCGAUUUCUGGGGCGUCCUUGAGGAGAAUGAGGUCCACGUCGGCUUUUCUACCAAGUUCCGGGACGACUCAAACGGCGAGUCUUACACUUUACUGAGCGACUGCGAUGUUCUUGUCGCGCGUUCCCCGGCCCACUUUGUCAGUGACAUGCAAAAAGUCAAAGCCGUCUUCAAAUCGGAACUACAUGCCCUCAAGGAUGUUAUCGUGUUCUCUCGCAAAGGCAAUAUCCCUCUUGCCGACAAGCUGUCUGGAGGUGAUUACGAUGGAGACCUGGCUUGGGUGUGUUGGGACAAGGAGAUUGUCGACAGCUUCACCAAUGCGGAGGUACCGAACGAACCAGACCUCUCGGCAUAUUUGGGCAAGGACAAGACCACCUUUGCUGAGUUGGUUCAAGCUACCGGCAAGACAGGCACGCGUGCACGCUACGAGGCUGUCUAUGACAUGAUUAGCAAGAGCUUUCAAUUUGCUAUGCAGCAGAACUUUUUGGGUAUCUGCACCAACUACAAGGAGAAGCUGUGCUAUCACAACAACAGCGUCAGUGACGGUGACGCCGUUAUUCUUAGCACCCUUGUGGGCAAGUUGGUGGAUCAGAGCAAACAGGGAAUCCUCUUUGACAAGACACGCUGGGAGCGGCUGCAGAAAGAUCUGCUUGGCGGCAGGCCCUAUCUCAAUGAUCCCGCAUACAAAGGGGACAUCUGGACCGGAAAAGAGGAGCCCCGGCACAUCAUCGAUUACCUCAAAUUCGUCAUCGCAAAGCCAGCCGUCGACCGCGAACUCGAGGCCUUUCACCUCGCCAUGCAACCCAACGGGAACCGCAUCUCCGGGAGCCAGAGCCAGGACAAGGGGGCCGAGUACUGGGAUCCAGACCUCACCGUCUACUACGAGGCCUUCAACAGCCUUGCAUCCGACUCCCGAUCGUACAGAGCCAUCCUCGACUCCCUGACCAACGCCAUCGGCAACAUCGAGAUUGAAUGGUCGCGCUCCAUGAGCAGCAAGACCAAGAACUACCCGGAAACGGUCAAGCAGCUCUACGCCAAAUGGUGCGCCAUCGAACCCCGCGUCGUCAGCAACACGGGCUCGAACAGGGUCGACCCUAAGACGGCCGCCUUCCUGGAGCAGCCGUACCUGGCCAACCGCGACGGCACGGGCUACUGGGCGCUUCUGAAGGCCAGCACGGCCUUCAAGAUUUAUCAUAGGAAAAGGCCCAAGUUUGUCUGGCAGAUGGCUGGGCGGCAGCUGGCGUUUAUCAAGGCGCAGAUGGCCUCGGGCGAGCAGGCGCCUAUAUUGGUCACGCCGCUUAUGUAUGCGGGUUUGUCGCCUGAUGGGAAGUUUGUCAAGCAGUUCAUGGCAAGGAUGGAUGGGGAGGGGUCGGAGUACCUCGACCCUGAGGGUGCGGUGGAGAUGGGGGAGGGGGAGGGGUUUGGGGAGGAGGGUCUGGGGGAGAGGGCGUUCAGGGGUGAUGAUGUUGAUUGA